AUGGGGUUCUCACCGUUUUUGGACGAGUGCCGGGCAGAAGGAUUUUGGCCUAUUGGGCCAUCGUGUAACAAGAUACUUUCAUUCGGAAUAUACUCAUUUUUCAUUGUUGUCAAUUUCAUCGUUUUAUGUAUCCCAAACACUGGAAACAACUACAUGCAGAUGAUAGAUGAUGAAGGACGGACUACUUCCAAACUGACGAUGUCAAAAAUUCUUUCAAUUUGCUCACUGUUUGCAAUAAUUUGCCAAUCAAUAUUUUAUUUUUGUUUCAUGUUCUAUUUUCAUCCGUACUCUCACAUCCUUCUUGCAUUCUGUAUCUCGAAACUUUUUUUCUGGAUAUUCUCCUUAUGCUCAUUUUCCAAAUGGCGAAACCAAUCGAGCACCCCUAUUUCAUUGGCAUUCGCCUUCUCAUCUGCUCUUCUCAUAGACUGUAUUCCAUUGACUGAUUGGAAGAAGUACUUCGAUGGAACAACGAAAAAUCGAGGAGAUCUUACAUUUUAUAUCAUCGAGUUGACUCUUGUUAGCAUGGUCUUCUUCUUCACGAUCAUGAACGGCUUGUUCAAUUGUUCAGGAUUUUCUUCUAGAGAAUCUGCUUGGAAUAACUUGUCAAAGAAAGUAGUGAAAGUGGCUCCGUACAUCUGGCCAACAAAGUCAAUAACUCUCCAACUGCGAGUAGUUUUUUGCCUGUUCAUGCUUAUUAUGGGUAGACUAAUCAACGUUUCACUACCAAUUCUCAGCAAAUGGAUUGUUGAUGAACUCUCAACACCUGACAACUUCCACUACUCUCUCCUUUUCCUUGCCACUUUCUUGAAAUUUCUCCAAGGAAACGGUGCGAUGGGUGGAUUUUUGAAUACGGUGCGUACUUAUUUGUGGAUUCCAAUUCAGCAAUACACAACGAGAGAACUCGAAGUUGAACUAUUCAAACAUCUUCAUUCACUUUCUCUUCGUUGGCAUUUAUCGAGAAAGACUGGGCAAGUAUUGAGAGUUAUGGACAGAGGUACAAGUUCAGUCAAUAACAUCCUAAAUUAUAUUCUGUUCAAUGUCGUUCCAACAAUUGCUGAUAUUAUAAUAGCUGUCAUUUUCUUCUUCUCCGCAUUCAACGUAUACUUUGGUCUCAUUGUUUUCGCCACAAUGGUUCUGUAUUUAGCUGUCACUAUUUCAAUCACUGAAUGGCGUACUCAAUAUAUCCGCGAAGCCAAUGAAAAGGACAAUGCAACAUCAGCUAUUGCAACGGAUUCUUUGAUUAAUUAUGAGACUGUAAAAUACUACGGAAAUGAAGAAUUUGAAGUGAACCGAUUCAAGAAAGCUAUUGAAAGCUAUCAAGUGACCGAAUGGAAAACUCAAGCGUCGUUGGCUUUUCUAAAUUGUCUUCAGAAUGCAAUCAUUGGAAUCGGAAUGAUUGUUGGAUCUGUUUUUGUAGUCUACAUGAUUGUACACGAGAAGACUUUAACUGUUGGAGAUUAUGUGCUAUUCACCACCUAUCUUCUUCAAUUGUACACUCCUUUAAACUUCUUUGGAACUAUUUACAGAGUCAUUCAAAAAGCGUUCGUUGAUAUGGAAAAUAUGUUUGACUUGAUGAAUGACGAAGUUGAAGUCAAAGAUCUGCCACAUGCACUGCCAUACAAUGAUCCACAUGGAACGAUUUCAGUCAAAAAUCUGUCAUUUGAAUAUAACACGGGACUACCUGUUAUCAAGAACAUUAGUUUCGAAAUCGGAAAUGGUCAAACUGUCGCAUUGGUUGGUUCCUCUGGAUCUGGAAAAAGUACACUCAUUCGACUUCUGUUCCGAUUAUUCGAAUCAACAGAAGGAAGUAUUGAAUUCGAUGGAACAGAUGUUCGUAACUACACAAUGCAUUCCCUUCGGCAACAAAUCGGAAUCGUUCCUCAAGAUACAGUUCUCUUCAAUGAUACUAUUAUGUAUAACAUCCGAUUCGGAAGACCAGAUGCAUCAGAUGAAGAAGUUAUCGAAGCGGCAAAAGCAGCAAUGAUUCAUGAUAAGAUUACGUCACUUCCAGAAGGAUAUUCAACAAUGGUCGGAGAAAGAGGAUUAAAAUUAAGUGGAGGAGAGAAACAAAGGGUUGCGAUCGCAAGAACAAUCCUUAAAAAACCACAAUUUAUCUUUCUGGAUGAAGCUACUUCUGCGUUGGAUACUCCAACGGAGAGAGCAAUUCAAAAAUGUUUGGAGAAAUUGUGUAAAUCCAGAACGGGAGUCGUGGUUGCUCAUCGAUUGAGUACUGUAGUCAAUGCAGAUCUUAUUCUUGUUCUCGAUAAAGGAAUCAUUCUUGAAAGAGGAAAUCACAAAGAGCUCCUAUCCCAAAAAGGAGUGUACGCGUCAAUGUGGGAAGCGCAAAUUGCCGAGCAACGUGCCAAAUCCAUCGAACUUGGCGAGGACGUUCCAAGCGACUCCAGCAGUUAA